AACCCACUGCAGUAUGAGGAAACAGGAGCAGAGUUAAAGCGCUUGCAGACAAAGCAGUAGAAACACUUUCGGAGGCGGUUUAGACGUUGCUUGCCCUGCUGCCUCGAACACAGGCGAAGCCACCGGGAAGCAUGUUUGGCACCCAAUGUUUGCUGUGCUUUCUGCUCUUCUGUUCCGUUGUUCCUGAGUUUGUGACCUCAGCGUCCAAACUGCCCGAUGUGCAGAGCUAUCAAGUGGUGAAACCACGGAGAUUUCACGCGAAGCAGAAACGAGAGAGUGAGGGUCUUUAUCCACCUGUUGUCCAGUUUGAAGUCACUGUAGAGGGUAAGACACGAUUCAUCCACCUUGAGAAGAACCAGCAGCUAAUUGCAAAGAACUACUCGGAGACAUACUAUUUGGAGAAUGGGACUGAAGUGACGAGCACUCCUCUCUAUCCAGAUCAUUGCUACUACCAUGGCCACAUCGAGGGGGAAGGAGGUUCCUCGGCCAGCUUCAGCACUUGUGAUGGAUUCAGUGGCUAUCUCCGCACUAAUGGCCAAAGGUAUCUGAUGGAGCCUCUGAAAGAUUCAGACAGCGAUGAACACGCGCUGUACAAAUAUGAGGAGCUCAGGCUGCCCCUGAAAACUUGUGGUGUGGUAAACUCUUCGGAGGACAGUCUGGAGCCAAAAGUGGAAGAAACCUUUAGCUCCGAUCGUGAGAGAAGUGAUUUUCUGAAAUCAAAGAAAUACAUUGAAAUGUACGUGGUGGCAGAUCACUCUGAGUUCCAACAUCUUGGCUCGCUCGCAGAAGUGAGAAAGAGGGUGUUUGAGGCAGUGAACCACAUUAAUCUGCUUUACAAACCAUUGAGGACACACGUGGCUUUGAUUGGCCUGGAGAUCUGGUCCAAUGGAGAUCAAAUACUCGUCCAAAAGGAAGCCGACAAAACUCUGACGAGCAUAUUGAAGUGGCGCAGGACAAAGCUGCUGCCAAGGAAACAACACGACAACAUCCAAUUUAUUACUUAUCUGGAUUUCAUUGGAGACACAAUUGGCUUGGCCCAAGUGAGUGCGAUGUGCACAGGAGGCUCUGGAGCUAUCAAUCAAGAUCACGCAAAAAAUGUUCAUGGAGUUGCAUCAACAAUGGCACACGAGAUGGGUCACAAUCUUGGCAUGAAUCAUGAUGAUAACACGUGCUCAUGUAAUUCCAAUACCUGCAUCAUGUCUCCGGUCUUGAGCUCUAAGUUACCAACCGAGUUCAGUUCCUGCAGUCACCAGCAUUUUCAAAGCUUUGUGCUCAGCCACACAGCUUCAUGUCUACGUGACAUUCCCAAACAAGAUGAGAUUGUGUCAAACCCAAUCUGUGGUAAUCGGUUCUUAGAAAAAGGAGAAGAGUGUGAUUGUGGUAGCCCAAUGGAGUGCCAAAAUCAAUGCUGUGACGCUCGGACCUGCCGCCGACGAGAAGCAGCACAGUGUGCAGAUGGUGCAUGCUGCCAGGACUGCAAGUUUAAAGCAGCAGGUUCAUUGUGCAGGAGGGUGAAGGAUGAUUGUGACCUCGCAGAGACCUGUGAUGGCAAGUCUGGUGAUUGCCCAAAAGACAUGUUCCUUAUGAAUGGAACUCCCUGUCAGGGAAAUACAGGCAUCUGUUACAAUGGAAAGUGCCCAAGUCAUCAGGAGCAGUGUGUCUCUCUAUGGGGAACAGGUGCUCAGCCAGGGCCUGAAUAUUGUUUCCGCAGAAAUACAGUUGGUGACCAGUACAGUCACUGUCAGAAAACAACAAAUGGUUAUGAAGCCUGCAAAAGGCAGGAUAUCAUGUGUGGACAAUUAAACUGCGUUGGUGGGAAUAGACGGCCACCUUACAACAGUGGUAAGCUUACCUUCGGGAACACAAAUUGUCAAGUUGUAUUAUACCAGGAUGGGAUCAGCAGAGGGUUGGUACAAAGUGGAACCAAGUGCGGAGACAACAAGAUAUGUGUCAACUCAAAAUGUACUGCCAUUCAACUCGAUGCCAAUUGUUCUAACAAUUGCCCUGGACAUGCGGUCUGCAAUCACCUAAGGGAGUGUCAGUUUCAGGCUGGCUUCUCGCCAGAGCUUUCCAGCACAUUCCCUUCAUACGCUAUAAUUAUUAUAGUUCUGAUUGUGGUAUUACUCAUUGGAACUAGUGGAAUAGCAACUUUUGUGUAUAUGAAACGCAGAGGGAAAACCACAGCCAUUCCAAGGACCCUGCAGCCUUCAACGUCUGGGCUCUCGAAUCCAGUCUUCACCGACAGUGCACCAGCCACACCUCUGGUAUCAAGACUCAACAUCCCUCAGGGUCCAGUGAUGGUUGCUGCACCCCCUCCAGCAUCCUCUGUGGCAGCUUCUGCACCCUAUCCUCCUCGCCAGGCACAUCCUCCUCAAAUGCCACCAAGUAAACCAGUGGUACCAUCAGGCAAGCCGGCCGCACUGAGAGCACCCCUGCACCCACCAGGAUUCAAACCCCCGCACCCAGCAGGAUUCAAACCCCUGCACCCACCAGGAUUCAAACCCCCGCAGCCACCAGGAUUCAAACCCCUGCAGCCACCUGCAGUCAAACCCCCACACACACCUGUUCCCAAGGUGUUGAUGCCUCCGACCAAACCAAGAAACUGACGAAUAUCAGGGAGGAAGAUUGAUAGCAGAAGUCCUCAAAGACUCAUCUUUUUAUGUCAUGCCCUUGGAAAUGCUCAAAGGAAUUGAUAUAUACAUAUACAUAUAUAUAGAUAUAGAUAUAUAUAUAUAAAAUACAACUAUAAAAUGAAUCUUCAGUUUCCAAAGGAUCACAAUUUAUUCUGGUGAACUGUAAAUAGAAGCAGGGAACAGGCCAGGACUGAUCAGACUGACUUCUGAGAAGGGAAGACAGGAGAGUGUUUGGGAUGCAAGGUGCAUGGAAUUCUGCGCAGUCUGGAAUUUUGACAGCUCGCCAGACCUUCGGGAACUUGUACUUGUACAUUUUGAAAUGCCAUUUAUUCUUGAAUCAAAAGAAAGCAACAGAAGCUCAGUCUGACAGUUUCCGAUGUUCAUCCGCCUGUGAGAUGACACAGUUGUAGAUGUUACCACACUUGGUUCCUGAACAAGGGUUAUCGCUAAUCCCGCCUGCCUGCUUCCCUCAGCCUGAAGCACAAGGUUUGAUCCUGGGGAGAUUUACCAGAGCAGAAUUUUCUGAAAUAUCAUCACCAACCGUCCCAGGGUGUGGAAAGCAACCCCGUCGAAAUGGUAGUAUGAAGGAUUAAUGGAUGGAGUAUGCUAAAGCAGGAUGUAGAUGAUCAUACAUCACUGACAUCAGUCAGUCAUUGUGAGACAGUUGAGAGAGAGAAGGGGGUGGGGGGAGGUUGGAAUCAUGCCAAGGAGCUAUGUGCCUGUUCCACUACUUAACUGGAUCAUGGCUGACCUCCUACCUCAAGGCCAUCUUCCCGCACUAUCCCGUUGAUAUCCCUGGUUUAUUAACCGAGUCCCAUCCCAAGAAUCCAAGAUGGAAGACUACAUCGCGGAACAGAAACAUUCAAUCAUUUAUUGACAAUGUCCAGGGAUGGAUAAGCAUGAGGAUCCUUCCAGAACCAUCUCUCUCUCUCUGAGUUCUAGAGACAUGUGAUCUGACAUCAGUGAUGAUGUAUAUCAGCUGUCAGCAUCAUAGCUUUUAGCCCUUUAUACCACACUUUCAGCAGCAAUUUUUGUAAAUGUAUUUUCCUCAGGUAGAGAGAGUUGUGUAAAGCGGUGUGGUCGUUAUGUACUAAUGUGGAUAUAUCCAGAGAAUUGGAGUUUAAAUCCCAACAAAUCAGUUUUGAGACUCUGAAUAUUUGGAAAUAACACCCAGUAAGAGUUGUUAACAUGGCAAACAUCCUGUAAAAACCAAUUGCUAGUUAAACAGGUGAUGGGCAUUGAUGACCCCAUCUAAAUAGAAUAAAAAGAUACAGCUGGAACUCUUUGUGUGGAAGCGACUUGGAAGUCAGUAGCACUGAGGAGUUGUCUUGAAAACAAAGCAGCUCGAACCAAAAGAUCAGUUUGGAUUAAUUCUUCCACCACAACCUCUUAUUGUGAGCUACAAGAGUGAUCCUGAAUCUGUGAGAUGGCUGUCAUGUGUCCCUUUAGCUGCCUUUGCCCAGCUUGGGCCUAGAAGUGUCUCCAGCCUCACUUGACUGCCCAUCAAAUGGGCUCUGGUUUUCUCAGACAGCUGUGAAGAAUUCAAUGAUUCAGGAAGAAAACCCAUUGCAUCUUCUCAGGGCAGCACCAAACGCCAGUCCCCACAUCCCCAAGAAUGAAUUACCAAAAAGGAGGUGUCCUCCGCCUGCCAGUGGAAACUUUAUUUCCUUAAUUACCCUGUUUCGAAACUCCCUACUGCAGAGGGGUUUUUUCAGUGACCACAUUUCUGUGAAUGACUUGAGUUUGUAUCCAUGCAUCAGCACCGAUGAUUUGACCACAGCUUUGGUCAGCACAGGAAGUGCUGAGUCAUGCAGAAGGAAGCUUCAAUCUACAUCACCCUGUCAGAGGAACUGCAAUGUAACUAACAUCUGUCAUGAGGAUGGUGGCUGACCGGAAUAGUGCGGGGGCUUCUCUGAAAGCAUGCCAAGCAGCAGGGCGGCAGGACUCUGCAGUGCAGUUAUUGGCUUUCCGACUGGCAAUGCCACCUUUGAGAGGAUCUGGGAAGAAAUCAGGCUAACAGCAGAGAAACAGGCCAUUCGGCCCAUGCUGCUGUUUAUGUCCCCCAUGAGCAUCCUCCCACCUCACCACCUCAGCCUACCCCUCGAGGCCUUAUCUAGCUUUCUCUCAAAUACAUCUCUGCUAUUCAUCCCGGAUCUGGCACAUACAGGGUCAAUGUGCGGCUGAGUACAGUACCGCCCACGCAGUGAUGUAAGAGCACAUGACCCACACCCAGGGACAGCCUAGUGUUGGACAGAGCCCUGUGCCAAAGCGAACAUGGAGACAGCUGCCAGCUUGUACAUUUGCAGUCAUGAAGAAAUAUUUACUCUUGAAAUAGUUAAGAUUACGCAUACCUUAAUAAGACCUAUUGAACCAACACCUUAGAACAGCGUCAACCACUCCCUGUGAUAGAGCGUUCUACAUUCUCAGCACCCUCUGGGAAAGACGUUCCUCCUGAAUUCCCUGUUGGAUUUCUUUGCGACGAUUUGAAUUGAUGACCCCCUAGGUCUGGUUUUCGCCACAGUGGGAAACAUCAUCUCCACAUCCACCUUCUCGAACCUCUGUAUUUUUACCCUGUCAGUGCACAGCUAAGUCUCGUUUGUGGGGACAAGAGUCUUUAAGGUGGUGAGUCUCUCCCUCUGUCCUGUCCCCUACAUUCACGCACUCCACAACAAAGAAAUAGAUAAAAACAAUUUGAAGAAAAUAAAAAAGUGGUCUGAAAAGUUAUUAAAUUCUUCAAUUUAUCCAUGUGCCCAAAAUUUUCCUUCAGGACCAAAUCAAUCCGAACUGCUCAAACACCUCAUGGCCAGCGCACCUGGGUGAAGAAAUAUGAAGGAAGGGUGAGCGUUAUAACAAUAUGAACGAGGUUUACUUUUUCAAGACUGGUGUUGGGGAAUAGCUGAAAACAUAAGAACCACGGGAACUCAAAGACACAGACUCAUUCAAACUUUGCCUUUUAUUCCUGUUGAACGUUGGGCCUGUAAGAUGAUAACAUAAGAAAUAAGAGCUGGAGUAGGCCAUUCAGCCCCUCGAGCCUGCUCCGCCAUUCAGUUAUGGCUGAUCUAAUUGUGACCUUAAUUCCACUUGCCCAACUAACCCCUGUAACGAAAUCCGAUAUUUAUCUUGGUCUUGCGUUGGCAGGUGCAGUUCAGGCUUGUUUUUACAUAACUUGGGCCUUUCACACAUACAUCAGCCGGGAAAUGGCCGCACGUGGGCAGUGUAUUAUUUUUAAUACUUUUCAGGCUGGGAACCAGCCCUGCUCACUCUCACAGGAGGAAAGGAAAGGAAGUAGAGCAGUGAAACGGCGCAAAACGAGAGGAGAGGUGACCGGGACUGGAGUGCGCCAUUCCGGAGAAGGUGUCCCAGGGAGCAGGACACGGGGAAGAGGGACAGGGAGAAGGUCCCAAACCAGGGAGUGAGACAGGAAGAGGCCCCAGAAGUAAUGUCCCAGGUAAGGGUCAAGGAAAGAGAUCGGAAACAGAUCUUGGCAAGUGAAUUUGAGACAAAGGAGCAGAGAAAAAGACUGAGAGUUAAACAGAAGGCUGCUGGGAAGGGGACUUAAAAGCAAAGCGGGCUUGAGACAAGCCCAGAAGAUCCAAGAGGGCAGCCGAAGGUUGGUGGCUCCUGUCAUGUCCUGUAUGUCUUAUUUAGCUUGCCGUGCUCUGCAAGCCAGGGCGUAAUGGGAUCUCAGAAUCCAUCUUGUUCAUUCAGUUGCUGAAGCAAAAUAAACCAAAGCACAAUGUUCAACCACCUCCGCACCUAUGUGGGUAUUGAUUGAUCUUUAAAUUGUUAUCGGCAGCACCUGGACUAAAACGUACCCUUCUGGAGCAGCGGUGUUCUGCUUGGCACGGCUGAAGAUCUGAAAUUGUGCUUGGAAGGUGACGCUUGAGUGUCUUUAGAUAUCCAGGGGAAGGGCAUCUUGCAAGGCAAGAUUGAAACCCUAGAGGUGGACCUUUGUUGAGUGGGAAUAACAUCUGGAGAGAAUCUCAAGGUAAAUUCUCCAAAUAUGGAGAUUGGAAUCACUCGUGGAAAAGACAGAAUUUCAGUGAGACCGAUUGGCCCAUGAGGUGACAAAGGUCUGGGUGGGUUGUUGUUGAAUCCAUGGAAUCUGUUUUGGUCACAUCUGUCAUUUGCUUUGGAGGCUGGUGUGUCUACCCACAGUUCGCCUGUUAAUUCACACGUACCGCAUACUUACCCUGGAUAUUAGAGUAUAAGAUAGAUCUGGUAAAUUGUUUUAUCUAUCCAAACUUAUAUGUGUCUGUAAAGAUAUAGCCAUGGUGAAGGAAUAGUGAAUAUUUAAAUCAUUUUCUUGUGUUUCAAUUGACAUCCUUCCAAUCUUUUUGUCUUGUGUAAUAUGGUUCAUUUUUCUUGUUCAAUAAAUAUCUUAUUCUUCGCAUUAAAGGUU